GUCGGUACGGCGGCCUGUGCGCCGGCCCGGUGCGUGCGCAGCGACGGUAGAGGGCAGCGGCAGUCAUGGCGGCUCGGUGUGUGAGGUUGGCGAGGCGCAGUCUCCCGGCGUUGACGCUGUCGCUCAGGUCCUCUCCUCGGCUGUUGUGCACAGCUGCAAAACAAAAGAACAAUGGCCAGAACUUGGAAGAAGACACGGGCCCAAAUGAACAGAAGUCAGAUCCUCCUGCCACAGAGAAGGUUCUCCUGGAAGAGAAGGUCAAGUUAGAAGAGCAGCUGAAAGAGACUGUGGAAAAAUAUAAACGCGCUUUGGCAGAUACUGAGAACUUGCGGCAGAGAAGCCAAAAAUUGGUGGAGGAGGCAAAAUUAUAUGGCAUUCAGGCAUUCUGCAAGGACUUGUUGGAGGUGGCAGACAUUUUGGAGAAGGCCACACAAUGUGUUCCCAAGGAAGAAGUUAAAGACGACAACCCUCACUUGAAGAGCCUCUAUGAGGGGCUGGUCAUGACUGAGGUCCAGAUCCAGAAGGUGUUCACCAAGCACGGCCUGCUCAGGUUGAACCCCGUGGGAGCCAAGUUCAACCCGUACGAACACGAGGCCUUGUUCCACACACCAGUGGAGGGGAAGGAGCCGGGCACGGUGGCACUCGUCAGCAAGGUGGGGUACAAGCUGCACGGGCGCACGCUGAGACCGGCCCUGGUGGGGGUGGUGAAGGAGGCCUAGCCGCCUCACGCGGGUGCUGGUUUCUCAAGUCACUCGCUGUCACUGGAAAGGCUGGUUCGUCUUACCUAUGAGUACGUUUGGCCUUUUCCCAAACCCUGCCAGGAAGCUUGAGUAGCCAGUGGCUGCACAGAAGGUCAGCCAGUGCACAGCCACGCUGAUGAACUUGAGCCGGGGGUCUGUUGGCUGCUCACUAGUACACACGUGUAAUCGUUGCACACAUCCAGAAGAGCCCCUGCCGGACGCGGGCCACCGCAGGGCCACCAGAGUCUCGGGAGCGAAGUGUCUGCUCAGACUCUGGUGGCAACCGAGUGUGUUAAGCAAAUAAAACGUCUUCGGGAAUUCUGUCUGGUGCUUCAAGCGCCGGUCUGCACCGUCUCCUGUGGCUCCCUGUGGCGCGCCGCCCAUUGGAUUCAGCGAAGGACGGGCAAGAGCGAAACACUUGGCGCGCUCAAAACAGCUGGCGCCCUUUGUGAAGAACGUGCGAGUUCACUUGUAAUCAGUCCCUGUCGAGCUGCUGACAGCAGCCGCCCUCUGCCUUUUCUGUGGAGCUGAGAAGUGAACAUGCAUUUUAACAGUUCUCACCACCAGUAAUUUGAGUUUCACAGAAUCGAUUCCUUUUCCAUGUUUUGUUCCUCUUAACGUAGAGCUGUGUGACUCAUAUUCAGCUGCUUACCAAUGACCUCCAGGGGUCUUUCCUCGUAAGAUGGACUUUCCCAGAAUAGGAAAUCCCGUGUGCUUGGCAUACUUUAAGUGUUAAUGUUUCAUUUUAAAUUUCUAUUUCAGAGGAUUAAAGCCCUGAUCUGUUUAUUUUCCUA